AUGUUCAAGAUCUCGGAGCGGUAUAAAAUUCUGGAGGCGGUGGGAAAAGGGUCGUACGGGAUGGUGUGCUCCGCUGUCGACAGCGUCCGCAACAACGCCCCGGUCGCCAUCAAAAAGAUCACUCCCAUGGCUGCUCACAGCGUGGACGCGAAGCACGUCCUGAGGGAGGUGAGAGUGAUGCGACACCUGGGUCAGCAUGAGAACAUCGUCACCCUGGAAGACCUUUUCUGCAACGAGGCAGAUGACGAGCUGUACAUCGUCAUGGAGCUUCUGGACUCGGACCUGAACUGUAUCAUACAGUCGCAGCAGGUUUUGUCCAUCAAGCACCACCGAGUGUUUAUGAUCCAGAUUCUUCAAGGGGUGGAGUUCCUUCACAAGAAUGGCGUUAUCCACCGAGAUCUCAAACCAGGAAACAUCCUUGUGAGGCGGAACUGUGAGGUGAGGAUAACAGACUUUGGUCUCGCACGGCAGCUGAUGAGCGUCCAAGAGAAGGUGGAGCAGAGACAAGACGGGGAAGGCAUGACGGAGCACGUCGUGACCCGUUGGUACCGGCCGCCGGAGCUGAUGCUGUCGCCAAACGGCUUCUACGGCUUUGCGGUGGAUCUGUGGUCGGUCGGCUGCAUCUUCGGAGAGCUCCUCGGCCGCCGACCGCUGUUUCCCGGCUCGAGCUUCGUGAACCAGCUCUCCCUCAUCUUCGACGUCCUGGGCGCGCCGGCCCCGGAGGAGGUGGCUCACAUCAGGGGGGCACAGGCCCGCAAGUUCUUGGACAAGCUGGACGGGAAGGCCGCGGUUCCUUUCACGGAAGUGCUUCCGGGCAUCCCGGCCGACGCCGCGUCUCUGCUGAAGGGCCUCCUCUUGCUGGACCCGGUCAAGCGCUUCACGCCGCGGGAGGCCCUACGCCACCCGUUCUUCGACCAGUUGAGGGAGAGGGCCUCUCUCGAUGUCGCCCCCGCGGCCGCCGGCCUUGAGUUCGAGUUCGAGAAGAAGGGGUUCCCCCGAUCGAGGCUGAAAGAGCUCAUCGCCAAGGAGAUCGACCACUUCCAGGCGGGCGGGGCCAACCUCACGCUGCACCCAAAGAAGCGGCUUCAGCGUCAGUGCCCACGGCCGAGGCAGCAGCAGCAGCAUGUCGGCCCUAGCGUCAGCGGUGCCGCCGCCCUCCCGCUCAAGACGGCCGCAGCCGCGGCCGCCGCCUGCUCAUCGGCAUCCUUUUCGUCCGAGUCUGACUCCGACCACUACGGCGACGAUGAGGAGGAGGAGGAAGGUGACGGCCGCGACGACGACAGCGUCGGAGGACAGGAGGAUCACGGCCUAGAUGCCAAAGGCGGCGCCGGCGCCGGCGCCGGCUCCGCCGUGCCCGGUGACGACGAUGAAAACGACGACGUUGCCCGCCUUGAUGCCGCCAGCCUGCAGUCGUCACGGCUGUGCCCGAAAGAGGAAGAGGAGGACGGGGCGACCACGGAAGGAGGGUGCCGCAGCGAGCCCCGCCGGACGCCGCUGCUGGAGGUGACAGCGUCGUCGACCAGCAACGAGAGCGGCAACGACAACGAUGACAACGACGGGAUGACUCUGUCGUCCUCUUCUCCGGCGUCGUCUUCCUCCUCCUCCUCCCCCUCCUACUCCUCCUCCUCAUCGUCCGAGGGGGGCUGCGCAGACGACGAUCGAGUAAUAUUCUUCGAGAGGGUCGCGACCGGGUACGCACACGGUCAAGUAAGCAGGAGAGGGGCGCCGUGCGGCGACCACCGAACCACCAAGACGAAUCCGUACAGGGAGCGCGAGACAGACCGGCUGAGGGCGACAACACUGCCAUUGGCAAGCGGCGAUGCGGCGAGAAUCGGGGUGGGGCGGCCGCUUGGCGGCGGCGGAACCCACCGCUCCCCGCCUCGCGUAAGAUCGAGGACGCAAGACGGCACCAGCGACUUCCUCCUCGUCCCGGCGGAGGAAAGCGCGCAACACUUGUCGCCUCCUUCUCAAAGUGACCAAAGCGACGGUAAUGGUAUCGGCAGCGGGGUUGUCGUCGUCGCUAGCGAGAAUGGCGAAGAAGGCGGGGGGGGCUGCUUGGAAGAGGAAGAGGAGGAGGAUGAGCCGCGUGCCUUCCCUCGGUUCGACAGCCUUGCCGAGACAAGCCCAACCGAACCCGACGGGUCCGUGCGGUCUUUUCUGUUGCCGUCGCCUGCGAAGGUGGUGCCGCCCGCGCGGCCGACCAGACGGGGCGCCGUGGCCGGCUUCGUGCGCGGGAGCGGCGGGUGGGUAGGCAGCGACGGCGGCGGCACCGGCGGUACCUGCGGUGGACGAAGCUUAAACUUGUUCGUCGGCCUACAGUCUCCACUGUUGGGGACGGCGCCGGGCGGCGAGUUGCUCCUGCCCCCAGGAGUAGUCGGUAGAUCCGGCGGCGGUGGAGGUGUCGUUGGUGUCGGAUCGGUCCAGUCCGAGGAGGAGGAAUCGGCGAAUGGCAGCGGCGGCGGUUUCACGUUCCGCGAGAUGUCCACCGUCGAUAGCAGGAGCACCGUGUCGGAAUCGAGCUCCGCAUCGGACGCCCUUCGUCGCGAAAGAGCGGAGCGAGCGUGGCGUGUCGUGGAGGAGGCCAGGGAGAGGCUUAAAGCUAGAGCGGACGCGGUGGUGGCGGCGGCGGCGGCGGCCAAGGCGCCUGCAGUAGGAGCGUGGCGGGCUGAGCGCGCUGCCGCCGUCGCUUCGGAGAGUACAAGAACGGCGGCGGCGGCGUUGAUGGCACCUUCGUUUGACCAUGCGGAGAAGUGGCCGGUUGAGUUUCCCUGCGGCGGGAGCGAGUGCUCUGGGUCGUCCCAAAAUGCCAAGGGUUGUAUACGACGCCCUCCCAUGUCCGUGGCGACCCUGGAACAGGCAACCGAAAACACUUCGUGGCUUCUUCGCGAAGGCGGCGGCAGCAGCAGCAACGCGGCGAAGCCAACGAGCAACGGCAAGAGCGGCGCUGGCGUUUGUGGGGGCAAGAAACAAGCCCCGCUCACGCAUCAUCUCCCGUCGCCGCUGGUGGUAAACGGCAACCCUUUCUGCGAUUUCGUGAGCGGCAAGACGUCGUUGGUGACGCACGGCGACCCUUUCUGCGACUACUACGUCAGCGGCAAGACGACGGUGUCCGUUUCUCCUGCUGCUCAUCCCGCAGCGGCUCCGGCUCCCGCUGCCGAGGCUCCUCCCGCUCCAACCGGUUCUGGUUCUGGUUCUGGGUUCAAGGUUCCCGUCAUGGUUGUCGGGCAGAAGCUCCACGUUCGAGGCGCGUCCGCCGCCUACGUAAAACGCGGCGGCCCGCGGCUUUUCUUUGGCGGGUCCGGCUCCAAGAAGUCCGGCGGCACCGGCGCUAAGAAGCCCGGCAGCGGCACCCGUCGCAGCCACCACCCCCGGCGGGCACCCGUCGCGACGGUGCACGGGGACCAGCAGCCGAUCAAGCUCCGCCCGGCGGUAUCAGCGAAGCGUUUCGAUCUUGCUGUGUCGGGCAUCGACACUUCGUCCGUGACGUCGUCGCAGGGCAGCCCGCCGCCGGUCCCUCCGCCCCUCAGGAAUCGUUACUCCCGGGGAAGGAAGCUCUCUCGCGUGGGAUCCUUCAACCGCAGCGGCAGCGGCCGUUACCGCGCGCCCACCAGGGUGACCGCCGGCGGCCAUGUUGGCGUGUAUCCCGCCGCCGUUGUAGUCGUGGACUCCGGGUUUGGGCGAGGCCGCCGGCGAGCGGCGGCGCUGCCGCUGCCGAUCUCGCAAGCAAUGAGGGCGAAGGCGAAGGGCGGCGGGGGGAGUCGCGCCACGAAGAGUGGGCCCGUAUUGGCCAGGCCCCCGCGCGGGGCGGCGACGCCGGUGUCCGCGGGGGAGAGGGCCGGGACCCGGACCCCGUCACACGAGAAGUACUAUUCCGUUAACGACGUGGUGACGCUGAAGCUUCCCGACAGGUUCUGCGCUUCGUCGCCGGGGCAGAGCCGGGACCCCGCGUUGAGUCAGACACGCAGCCUCGCCGGAACACGAUCGUCGAAGCCCGUUGACCCCAGCCGUCUCACCAUCAGCGCGUCCGGUAAGCCGGAGUCGAUCCCGCCGGCGGAGAUGUUGUACCAAUGGGCAGACGACGACGACGAGGACGACGACGCGGCUUCUGUAACGGCAGAAGAGGAAGCCGGGGCGGCAGCGGGCGAGGGGGGUGGGGGUGGGGGCGGCGGAGUUCCAUGCCACGAGGCAUCUUCCACCACGAUGGUCGCCACAACCACCCCCCCGGCCGCCGCCGCCGCCGAAACAGCUGUCACGGAUGAUGCCGUGGAUGACGCCGGCGACUCACCCCUGACUAGCACCACCACCGACGUUGCGGCUGUACCGGAAGCAGAUGAAGAAACACGUGCGCUAGGGCCAGGUUGGGGCACGGCGUCGCUCGCGUCGGCCGUGCCGGAGGCGCCGAAAAACGAAACGAAAGCGCACGAUCACGGUGAUUCUCCUCCCAGCUACCAGGCGGCCUGCCCACCACCGCAGCAGCUCAAUAGGCAUCAGCGGGGAGCCGCGCAGAGCCCUGGGCAUUCACGGCCACGUGCAACGGAGUCGGUUUGCAACUUCAUCAAGGAGGAGGAGGUGGUGGUGGAGGGGGGCGAGGCUAAAGAAGGCGGCGGCGGCGGUAACGACGAGAUGAUGUCUGCCUCCUCGGCGGAGCAAAAGUUCACCCUCCUCCGACGACUGUGGAAGCGCUCCGGCGCCGUGAGGGGCUCAGGAAAGCAGCGCCGCGGAGGCCUUUCGUCGAGGACUCGGUCCUACGGCGGCGGCGGCGGCAGAGACAUCGCGGGGGGUCGUGUUCCGUGGGCCGGCGCAGGGCCUCCGCCCAAACGGCCGCCGCAGCAGCAGCCGCGGCCGAGGAGAGCGGGCAGCUUGAAGCUGUUUGAGAACAUCGGAGAGGAUGACGACAGGGGCUUUGGCGACGAGACGGCGUCCCUGCCGACCCUCAUGGCCCGCGCCGAGUCUCUAUUUCCGAUCCCACCGAGGAUGGACGCAAAGCCGCAGGUCUCGACGUCCUCGCAGCAGCAAGUGCGGGACACCCCCCUUCCGGGGACGGAAGACAAGUCCCACUCGCGCAGCAUCAGCAGCCAAACGACGACAACCACGGGCACGAGCCCUGCCAGCAGCGCCACCAGCGGUUACCGGUUAGACGGGCCGCAGGCGCUGCCGCUGGUUCACGAAACCGUCGGUCAGUCGGGCUCGCCGCCCACCCGGCGGGGCUCCGCAAUCAGCUCCGUGGGUUCUGGCUGUACGGCCGCCUCGUCGCUGAGGCCGGGGGGACGGCGGUGCAAGGAUAACAUCGUUCGCGCCGUGCAGUUCGCUCCGCAAGAGAAGGAGGUAACCCCGGUUUCGGGAGCUGACGAUCCGCGAGAGCACCGUUUGUAG